UCUUACAUGAUAUGCGGCAGAAUAGAAGCGCGCGGUGUUUAAAGCGGCUCCACUCUUCCUGCGCGCUCCAGCUGCGUUUUCGUGGAUUUCUCUGAGGACGGACCUUUCCAGCACUAUGGUUCUUGGAGAUGAUAAGUGGGAGAAAAGACGUGAUUUCUUUUUUAAUAUCCAGUUAUUUGCCGCACUUUGCACGCGUCUGUUGCCCACUUCAGACGGGAGAAGCGCCUUUUAUUGAUUCCUCCUCCCGCGGAGCGCACAGGAUGUCUGCGCAAAACGGACGGCUGCAUUUUCUCUCCUUCACCUAAAAGGUCACCUCGCUGUGGGCAGAUAGUGAUUGAUUACAAUGACGUCCUGGCCAAAGCUUAAAGGCUUUUAGGAUGAAAGUUGUGAAGUGUCUUGCUCUCCUGCUGAGCUGCUGGACUCUCGUUCACUGCGUCCCGUCUGGUUCGCUCAGCCGGACCAGACCCGCUGAGCUGCACCACCACCGGCUGCGAGAAGCAGGAGCCGGAGGAGGAGGAGAUCAGUCCCACGGGGAGACUGCAGGAAGGCAAACGGUGGCCGCUCCGUGGAAAUCCUCAGCGGCGACUCCAGCCAGGAUCACGCGCAUCCGCGCGGGUCCGCCGUUAAUCAAGGGCGAGUCGACUGUCGUUAAAAGCACGUCUGCCGCGGCGACGUCUGCGUCCUCAUCGCCGGCGCAGAGGGCGCAGCACCUGGACAGAGCGGUGAUCUUAGGGCGCAAAGAGGCUGCGCGCUCCUGGCCCCCCGCCGGGGAUGCACACGUCAAAGCGCACGCUCCUGCGGCUUUUAACGCGCAUGCAGCUGGGAAAGGAGUCGGCGUUGCGUUUGGAGGCGGAGGAGGUGCCCUACCAGGGAGGAAUCCUGGGAAACCUGCUUCCAGAGCGAACGCGGGGGCUCCCCAAAGAGCCGCCGGUGCGCAAAAGCAGCAGCAGCAGCAGCAGCACGCGGCUCCGGUGGAGCAGCGGGGCGCAAACUCCAAAAACCCGAAGGCGAGCGAGCGGGAGGCGCAUCACAAGCAGCCGCUGGUGAUUCCGCACGACUACAUGCUGUCGCUUUACUGGUCUCUCUCCACCGGGGACGUGAACGGCAGCGCGCUGCAGGAAGCGGGUUUGGCCAACACCAUCACAAGCUUCGUGGAUAAAGGUCACGACGAACGAGGGGCCCAGCUGAGGCGGCAGCGGUAUCACUUUAACAUCAGCUCUCUGGAGCGAGAUGGGCUACUGGGGGCCGAGCUACGCAUCCUGAGGAAACGCCCGUCUGACCCUCGCAAGGCCUCAGCAGCGGCAAUGGGAUAUACGACUGACGGAGGGGGAGGCGUCUUUCCGCCAUGUCUGAAGCUGUAUACUUGUGCUUCAGGUAAGCAAAAGGCCGUUCUGCUCCAGACGAGGCCCAUUGAGGAUCUGGUUGGCGGAGGCGGAUUUGGAGGCAAAUGGGAAGUGUUUGACAUAUGGAAAGUCUUCAAGAGUUUUCGAAAUCAGCCAAACCAGCAUUCCCAGCAGCUGUGCUUUGAACUGGAGGCUCUGGAGCACAGAGACGGUCGGUCUAUAGAUCUGCGAACUCUGGGAUUCGCCCGAACUGGGAGAACCAACAAGGAAAAAGCUUUCUUCUUGGCAUUUGGCAAAAGCAAGAAGCGUGAUCUUUUCUACAAUGAGAUCAAGGCACGGUCAGGCCAUGACAACAAAACUGUCUACGAAUAUCUCUUCACUCAGCGACGGAUGCGGCGAGCCCCUGCUACAAGGGGGUCCAAAAAACCUCAGCUGCAGGCGCUUCCCCAACACCAGGCAGCGAAGACGCAGGCGAGACUGAGGUGUAACCGCAGACGGCUCCAUGUGAACUUCAAGGAGAUGGGCUGGGAUGACUGGAUUAUUGCGCCGCAGGAGUACGAGGCCUUCCACUGCGGCGGAGUCUGUGACUUCCCCAUCCGCUCCCACCUCGAGCCAACCAACCACGCCAUCAUACAGACCCUCAUGAAUUCCAUGGACCCGGAAUCUACGCCACCCACAUGCUGCGUCCCGACACAACUCAGCCCGAUCAGCAUCCUUUAUAUUGACUCGUCCAAUAAUGUCGUGUACAAGCAGUACGAGGACAUGGUGGUGGAGUCGUGUGGUUGUAGGUAGCAAAGAAAGGCGCGGGAGGGAAAAGAUCAAAGCUAAAGAUGCACGAUAGAUGCUGAACCUUUUGUGGACAAACUCUAAGGGAUGAAUGUUCAGUGUCGUGCAACAGAGCUCAGUCUUCAAACUCAAGUGGACUAAGAAAGACAGACUGUUUAAGACUAAAUGCAGAAAGAUAAACUCGAAGGUGAUCAUCUUUAACGCCCGCUCAUUAAAACGUCUGUGUAAUGUUGAUGUUGGUGGUGAUGAGCAAGAUCCAUUGUUCUCUCUUCAACCGCAAGAAGCCAAAAAAACAAAAAACAAAAAAAAAAACAGACUGAAGGAUAACAGACACUUUUUAAAAAAUAAAAAAAAAUCAGAUUAACAAAGUCUGCUCUCAUGUUAGUAUUAAAGUGUUGUUGUUUUUAUUAACUGCUUAUUAUAUGUUGCUUUUCCUAUUCAGAAUUGUAUCUAUUUCUAGAAUGGUGUAAAAAAUCUGCAUAUGAUAGAAAUGUUGUACUCAAAGAUGCCCUUUUUCAGCACUUAUUUGCCACAUUGUGCCUUUUCCCAUUCCGAUGGAGGAUGAGGAGUCUUUUGUAUGCCUUAUCCCAGACUGACCUUUUUUUUUUUUUUUUUUUUUUACAAAGCAUGUGAAGAAUUUCUGAUGUAUAAAUACAAGCCAGUGAUGAAGUGCUAAUCUGACCUGCUCCAAAUGUGGGAAAGUUGCGUAAACGUCUCUUCAAUAAAAAAUGUCUAAUUGACUGAACUCCAAAUUCCUAUCAGGGCGAUCCACUGCACUCUCAAUCUCUUCAGACUAAACUAUUGGAGGAAUCUGAAUCAUUUUAAGAUGCUAAGUCACAUUUAACCCAAUAGUGUCUGAUAUGAAACUGUACAUCACCUUAUGUUAUGCCAGGGCCGUCUAAGUGAGGCUGGUCUGCAAUUCUAAAAGGCUAAUUAUAGCUAGUUAGGUUGUACAGUAAGUAAGUAAGUAAGCCCUGUGUGGUUGUCCCCUUAUUCUGCUGUGUUAAGUGGAUGAGAGUCGACAAUUUCCCUUGCACAAGAUGCCAGUCCAGUGAAGGUUACUUCUCCAGAAAAAGCUGGUACCUUCAAGGUGACAAAAAUAAAC